CCAUCUCUGUCCUUCUGCGGUGUCUAUACUUUUGCUUGGUUCUACUUUUUGUGCAAAGCAAUGGCCAGAAAUAAAAAAAAGCAAAAGAACCAAAAGCACGGAGUGAGUCAGUCAAUGCCAAUGGCCGCCUCUGUUACAGAAGAAGAAACUACCCAAAAUGACAACCAAAACCAAACCGUAGAAAAAGAACGAGAGAGCUUUACUUAUGCCAUGCGACUCGUGAAUGCCUCAGUCCUUCCCCUGGCUUUAAAAACCGUCGUUGAUCUUGGUGUCCUUGAUGUUUUAUCCAUGGCGGACCCUGAUGUUGGGCUCACUGCUGCAGAGAUUGCCGAGAGGAUUCCUACCCGGAAUCCGGAGGCCCCUGGAAUGCUGGAGCGAAUCCUCAGGCUGCUGGUGAACGAGGGUAUUGUUUAUUGCAGUUCUGAACUUUUUGGCGAGGCCCCAGUGAAGUACCGCUUGGGUCGUGUGGGUAAAUACUUUGUGCGUGAUGAAAAUGGGGUUUCUUUGGCCCCUUUGAUGGCCUUGGCUCACGACAAAGUCUACUUGGAAACCUGGUCACAUCUGAAGGAUGCAAUUCUUGAGGGAGGAACUCCAUUUAACAGGGCCCACGGGACACAUUUGUUUGAGUACUCUGCUGGAGAUGCCAGGUUUAGUCAAGUUUACAACACAGCAAUGUUCAACCACACUACUCUAGUUUUUAAGAAGAUGCUGGAGUCCUACAGUGGUUUUGAGAACCUCAAGCAGGUGGUUGAUGUUGGUGGUGGAAUCGGAGUAGCCCUUAGCUUGAUCACUUUCAAAUACCCUUUUAUCAAUGCUAUUAACUUUGACUUACCUCAUGUUAUCCAGCACGCCCCUCCAUUUCCUGGUGUAAAGCAUGUGGAGGGAGAUAUGUUCAAAAGUGUUCCAAAGGGAGAUGCUAUUAUACUGAAGUGGAUACUCCGUGACUGGGAUGAUGAACACUGCUUGAAAUUGUUAAAGAACUGCUACAUGUCUGUUCCUGUUGAUGGAAAGAUAAUCGUCGUGGAGCAAAUUCUUCCAAGUUUUGCAGAGAUUAGUGCUGUUUCCAAAGACAAAUCUCAACUUGAUAUAGUUUCACUGACUCAAACCCCAGGAGGAAAGGAACGGAUGCAAGGUGACCUUUUCAAUUUGGCAUUCAGUGCUGGAUUUAAAAGUAUCAGUCUUGUAUCAUAUGUUUAUCACUAUUGGGUUAUGGAGUUCUUGAAGUAGAUGACAUCCUUGCCUUUUUAGGAUUUUGCAGUUAUCCCAGUUUAAAAGCAGUAAGCUCAUAUGAGCCCUUGUUAGUUACUCAUCCUAGAUGAGAAACGAAGUUGUUUGAUGUAAGGUUUCCUAGCAGAAGCUGGAAAAUGGUGUUUAAUAGAAGUGUCAUGAUAAACUUGGGUGAAUUUGUUUGAACAUGGUACGAAAAGACUUGAUGGUGCAUGGAUGUUGUGAAACUACAAACUAGCAUAAUUGGAAGAUGCUGUUUGACAGAACCGUUCUAGCUUGUUUUAAUAGCAUCACAGAUUCCAAAUGUAUCUUCUCUGGUUUUCACCAUACUUGACAUUACAACGGAGAUCUUUGAUGCA